AUGCCAUCCUGCAGCGUGCACGUACGCUGGCGUCCAUCAUCCGACGGCCCGUGCCUAAGCCACCGCAGCGCAAAGGAUGAAGCAUCCGGCUCGCGCUACAAUCUCAAUGUCAGCGGAACGCUAGCCAAUGGACGCCAACUGGAAUGGACGUCGCCCAGCGCAUGCUUCUCCAGCAUCUUUCAUCCAUCCCACACCAACCUGCACGUCUUUCAGCAGCUCAUCGAACCUGCUUUGGAAAAAUUGUUGAGCGUCGGUGGAUCGGCAUUGUGCUUUGCCUAUGGUCAUACAGGCAGCGGCAAGACGGUGAGAUGAGGAGAGGAGAGAGAUGCGCGCGCGCGCAUAUGCGGGGCCCUGCUCACCGCGAGCGUCCCCUCUGCUCACUCAGCACACCAUCAUCGGCUACGGCAAAGAGGCAGGGCUCAGUCGACUGGCAGCUCAGCGCAUCCUGAGCGAGCUGCAAGCAUUCAACGCUCGCGCCGGGCUCUUGCAAGACACACGCUUGGGUCUUGCCGUUCGGCUGGUGGAGCUGCGCAAGUCUACGGUGCUGGAUCUCAUGAACCAUCGCACCGAGUGUCACGUACGACAAGGGGCGGAUGGACGAAUGCAUGUGAGAGGUGCGACAGAGAUGCUGGAGGAUGGCAAGGUGCGCGUUCGACCGACGGUGGCCCGAGCGUGCUGGGACAUGCGGCAGCUGGAUCGCGCGUUGGAGGAUGCGCUUUCGCUGCGAUCAGUGGGCACUUCUCCAGUGCACAACCAAUCUUCCCGUACGCACGCCGUGCUCGAAUUCGAGAUUGUGCAUCGCCAUCUCAUCGCUGCCAGGGAGCUCGUCAUUCAGCGCGAGUCCGAACUGGUUCCCGUGGGCAAACGCGCUACGGAUGUCUACAUCGAGGAGCAGAUGCGUGGAAUGAUCAUCGAUGAGGAUGGCAAAGGCUACAAACCCAACCCGGCGUACACCAUCGAUCAGGAGCGAAUUGAUGUGGCCGAGGCGGCGAAAGCAGAGUGCGAGGAUAGACUGGAUGCAGCAAAACGCGCGGCCGAGGAGCUCCUCGCGAAUGCAAAGAUGCGAGCGCAAUCGGUCGGUGCGCCGGUAGCGGGUACCAGGCUUGUCUUUGUGGAUCUAGCUGGGGCAGAAUACAGCACUGGGAGCGUCGCUGCAGCACCUCAAACAUCUCUUGAACGUCAGGAAGGUCGACAGAUCAAUACGGACCUGCUCGCCCUCAAAGAAGUCAUUCGUGCAAGAGCUUCAAGGCAAUCACGCAUCCCAUACCGCAACUCGCCCUUGACCAUGGUGCUGAAGGAGCACUUUGAGCAUGAGCUUGCACCUCAAGACACGUCCUUUAUGAUUUUGAACGUGGCGGAAGCUUCUGCGCAGCUCACAGCAACCGUCAAUACGCUUCAAUUUGGUAGUCUUGUUGGUCUCGUAGCAGGGUGA